AUGGAAGUACAGCCAGAAGCAGAGCCAAGAAAUGAAGAGCAGAUGGAUUGCAAAAGGGAAUGUGCUGAGGAUGAAUGGAAGAGCUGGCAAAGAGGACAGGUUAGGAACACGCUGCAUCUCGUGUCCGCGGUUGCUCAGUGGAUAUUACUGCUUGCCUGCCUGAUUUACCUUGGUAUAGAUUUUCUGCAGCCCUCAACGCCUCAGAGCAUCGAAGUGCCGUGGACCCACAUCCGGUACUCAGGUAAAAGCAUCAAAGGAGUAGCCAUAAAUCUCACUGCUGAAAGAGGCUCUAUUCAGAUCAGAAAUGGUUCCAUCAUGAUCCCCUGUGAUGGCCUCUACCUGGUGUCCUUGAACGGUUCCAUCUACCCGGAGGAGAAGUUACUGAAGCUGACCCUGAAGAAUACACAGAAAUCGACCAGCAGUGUCCUCUGGAUACAGACUGUCCAGAGCAGUGACGACACAGUGAACCUCACCACAGUGUUCUUCUUGUUCCGUGACGAUUACGUCACCCUGUGCACCAGCUCCAACGCCAACAUCAGCGGUCUGUCGCUCAGCCUGGUGUUAGUAAGCCCCCCUGAAGAAACUCUCUGUAGGAGCUGACAUAUGCAAGGCAACAUGUAAAGUACAGCCUUGCCUACCAAUCCAUUUGCCUGUGGGAUGACUGUUCUCACCAGCUGUACUUGUACAGACAGACUGCUCUAGCCUUCCUCCUUGGGGCUGUGGAAAGCCCCAGCUACAGGGCAGAUAAACCACAGUGCAAAUGGGUUUUAUAUAGUGUGUGCCACGUUCAUGUCUUUGGAGCUCUGGGCAGCUGAUUUACCUAGGAUGGAUCUUUCCAGCUCUGGGGAAGGGGAUGUGCAGAGCCCUUGAGGAGAACAGAA